AUGCAUUGCUCCAAAACAUCGAAACUAUCGAUAGUGCUCGAUGGUUUGACAAUACUUAAAUCGUCCAAAGUUCUCCUCCUGUUUUAAUGAAAUAAGUAAGAGUAAAGCUGCUCAGGCAGUCAGUCAACGUACAGAAGUCACAUUCCACUUUAUAUCAGAAUGGGAAAAGAUUACUACCAGAUACUGGGCAUAAACAGAAAUGCAACUAAGGAUGACAUCAAAAAGGGAUACAGGCGGAUGGCGCUCAAAUACCAUCCGGAUAAGAACGACCACCCCCAGGCCGAAGAACAGUUUCAGGAAGUUGCGGCCGCCUUUGAGGUGCUGUCAAACAAGGAGAAACGAGAACUUUACGAUCAAUACGGAGAAGAAGGUCUCAAGUCUCAAGAUGAGGCGGCGCAGACAUUUGCCCAGCCCACACCUGAUAUGGUGCCCUUUAUGUGCGCAGUGGGCGGAACUGUCUUAUUUGCCUUUGCAGCAUACAAAACGUUUCAAUUUCAUAGAGCGCCUCGUGCAGCGAUGAUGGAAGAGGUUGCUCAUUUAGCAGACAGCACUCGAAAAGAUAUCCAAAGCACAGACUUCAUUGACUUCCUCCCUAUCAUCAGCUACCAGCGCCGUAGCUAG